CCCAUGCCAUACCCGCAUCCCGCAUAUUUCACGCCGCACCCAUACUACCGCCUGCCGACCGUCCCCCCUCCUCCCCCUAGCGGCGCUGUUGGAUCCGUGCCUGGAACCCCAAGUGCCGCGGGCGUCCCGGUGCAAGCGCCGGCCCCACUCAUGCCCCACGGCUCGUCAGCUUCGCAGCCUACUAGCAGCGGAGACGGGCAUAUCCCGUCUUCGCCCACGCGCACGGGCACCCCGUCGCUCUCGCGCAACUCGUCGAAUGACUCGUCGCCGUCGGGCUCUUCAUCUGAUGGGGGCGCUGCCGGGUCUCACGGGGUCGGCAUAGGCGCCGGUGUUGGCGUCAGCGUCGGUGUAGGCGCAGGCGACGGAGACGGCGGCAUCGGAAGCGAGGGCGGGCUCAUGAUCGACCCGUCGCUCGGCGUAGAUGUCGACGAUACGAUGAAGAUGUCCGAUGAGGAGGCGGCGGCGGCAGCGGCCGUGCACGCCGUUCUCCGGUCGUCUGCCUCCUCGCACUCGCACGACUCUGCGUCGCUCUCGCUCUCGCCCGGCGGGAAGCAUGUGGACGAUGCGAACGACGCGGGGUCGAGCAGCAUGUUCCAGUCCUCGCUGUCGCCGUGUUCCGAGUCGAAGCCGGGCUCGCUGCCCCCGGCGUCGUCGAGCAUGCACAGUGUGCAUGGGCACGGGCACGGGCACGGGCAUGUACCGCAGUACGAGUACGAGGAGCCGGACGCGCAUCUGGAGCCGAAGCCGCUCGUCAGGCCCGAGCCGAUGGAGCAGAUGCUGACCGAGGACGGCGAGCCGAUGUUGAAUCCUGCUGAGCUGCUGACUUCUGAAUCGCUGGCCUCGCCCCCGCCUUCAUAGUGACUACCGAAGACCGUCGAAUCUGUUGAACGAACAACCACAAUCGCCUUGAUGACCCUGCUUGUCCCCGGUCAACCUCAAUGCCGAUGCCCUUGUAUGCUGUACUACGGACCAACCCGCUCUCGCUUUCCCCCUUGCCUGCUCGCUUUCUUCCUCCAGCUCUCCCUUUUUGUCUUCACCAUCGUCCUCGUCCUCGUCUUUUACCGUACUGUAUAUCUUGCCUAUUCGUCCACCAGCGGCAGCGGCAGAUUUAGCCUGCCCCCUCUCUCAACCACAACCCUCCUCUCUCGACAUUGGGAACAAACCACGUUAUCGAACAGCAUCGCAAUAAUGAGAUCGUCACUUUUACUCGCAAUCACUUGCCCUCGUACGCUAUCACACCGCAAUAUGUCGCUCGUCAGCAGACUGCGACGGAGUGAACACCCUGAACGCAGCACGUCAACGUGACAAGCACAGGCAGGGCCGGUGAUUGCGCUGUAACCAUGUAUCACGUAGGUUGGACUCU